GUAAGGCUAUUGGCGGAGCUUUGUAGUUGGUUAGCCAAAAAAAAAAAAAAAAAUGCACAGUUAAAGAGAUGAUCAGGAAAACGAGACGAAGAAAACCAUCAGAGUUUAAUUCAAGCUGGGAGCACAAGGACCCGCACAGUCAGUUCUGUUCACUCCGUCUUUUUGGGAUCCCGGACAGGAGCCUUACGCCACGUUCUAGAAGACCAAGCAGCUGCAGGACAGAACACUGGAGGAAGAAGUCCUGUUUCCUUCCUGAGACAUAUGGCAGGACAUCAGACCGUAGAUCUAGAUUUUGUCCUAGCAAAGGGUCAGAGGUAAACCUCUGAAUGUUUUUUUUUUUUUAUCUGAGGGUUUUUAUUCUCUUGUAAUGCUGGAUCGCCCUAUCUAAGCCUUAAAGGUGCCGUUUCUGGUCCACAUGUCAUCCUUUGGCUAGCUACUUUUGGUUUCACAUCAGUCGACCAUCUUCCUUUUCCACCUCUGGCCCCUACAAGGGGGACAGAAACUCCCUAAUUGUAUGUCCUCCCCUUUUCCUGCUCAAUUAUAUAGAAAAUUCAUGUCUCUUUUUUUAACCUCAUUGUUUCUUUACAUCUUUAUUAGCAUUUAGGACAUGGGCUUGAACUCUAAUCUGUUUAAUUUCUGUUAAAACCUCCCAUCUAUCCCAUCAUAGCAACAGCCAACUCUCCUCGCCCUCUUUUAGAGCCUAAAGUGAUUCCCCUCUGAACAUCAAGCCGCUAGGCCGUUGUUUUGGUUGUUUUGGUGCAUGGAAUCAGCCUAAUCGUGGAGAGGCCAGGCUACCACAAACUGAUGGACUUUGACAAGCGGGGAGGGGGAGGGGGUGGCGGAGGAGGAGCAGGUGGAGGCAAGGGGGAGGCGGAGGAUGGGAAAAGGAUGUCUGGGAAGGCGGGAGGAAGAUCAGGACAUAGCGGCCGGAGUGCCGGCUCCGGCUCAGGAGUUCUGAUGGUUGGACCAAACUUCCGGGUCGGGAAGAAGAUCGGCUGCGGGAACUUUGGAGAACUACGACUCGGAAAGAACUUGUACACCAAUGAAUACGUGGCCAUCAAACUGGAACCAAUCAAGUCUCGGGCGCCACAGUUGCAUUUAGAAUAUCGCUUUUAUAAACAACUAGGAAGUUCAGAUGGUGUACCUCAGGUGUUUUACUUUGGACCAUGUGGUAAAUAUAACGCCAUGGUUCUGGAGCUGCUUGGACCCAGCUUAGAAGACCUGUUUGACCUCUGCGACAGGACUUUCUCUCUAAAAACUGUACUCAUGAUAGCCAUACAGCUGAUAACCCGCAUGGAGUUCGUCCACACCCGAAGCCUCAUCUAUCGCGACGUAAAGCCUGAGAACUUCCUUGUGGGCCGACCCGGCUCUAAACGGCAACACACCAUCCACAUCAUAGACUUUGGCCUCGCAAAGGAGUACAUAGACCCUGAGACGAAGAAGCAUAUCCCAUACAGAGAACACAAGAGUCUGACUGGAACUGCCAGAUACAUGAGCAUCAAUACACAUUUGGGGAAAGAGCAAAGCAGAAGGGAUGACCUGGAAGCUUUAGGCCACAUGUUUAUGUACUUUCUGCGGGGCAGCCUGCCUUGGCAGGGACUCAAGGCCGACACUCUCAAGGAAAGAUAUCAGAAAAUAGGAGACACAAAGCGGGACACGCCAAUAGAAGUGCUCUGUGAGAACUUCCCAGAAGAGAUGGCCACCUACCUGCGAUAUGUGCGACGGCUGGACUUUUUUGAGAAGCCAGACUACGACUAUCUGAGGAAACUCUUCACAGACCUCUUUGACAGGAACGGAUACAUCUUUGAUUAUCAGUACGACUGGACUGGAAAGCCACUGCCGACUCCCAUUGGGCCCGUGGCGACUGAAACCCAGCUGCCGGCGAGCAACCGAGAGAAAGCGCCUCAAACCAAAAACCAGGUGAUGAGCUCGACCAACGGAGAGCUGAACACGGACGACCCUACGGCCGGACAUUCGAACGCACCAAUCACAGCCAAUGCAGAGGUCGAGGUCCCCGACGAUAUAAAAUGCUGCUGUUUCUUCAAAAGGAGGAAGAGGAAAGCUCUCCAGAGACACAAGUGAAGAGACCAGAGAAAAACCUUUGCGCUCUUCUUUAUUUUUUUCUCUUUAUUUCUCUGAAGCCAUUUUCCUUGAACUCUUUCUCCUUUUCUUUAUCUGCUAGUUUCUGCGCCGGUUUGUAUAUUUAAACCGUGAAAUUGUUAUUUUUUUGUUUUGUUUUUCAUUUCACCGCAGAAUUUCAAAUGUGCCGCCUGCUCCAGCGGUGCUCUCGGUAUUUAUGGCUGCAGAUACAACAGUGGAGUAGUUAACAGACUGGAUUCAGCUAUUUACCAGAAGACUGACUGAUUAUUUUUUUGUGCUCUUCCUUACUGACUGGAUCAGAAGACGAAGUGUAUUUCAGGAGAUGCAAGCGAAGCAGACUUCCUACAGCAUGGAAGCGGAGCCUGUCGGACCAUGCGUGCAAACGACAUGCACAAAGAAUUCACGCUGCACAUUUUGUUGAGCUCACAAAGAGACUCGAUGGACAGAGAUGCAGUUCUUGCACAUAGUUUUUAUUCCCUGGUGUCAAAGGAGUUGCUCGGUACCGGACCCGGGCCCAGAUCGUAUAAUGGACCGGGAUUGGUGUAUUUCUCAUUAACCAUCUGAGAGAAACACUCCCAACCACCAGAAAACUCAAAACUUAAAGAUGUUUAUGUAAAAUUUAUGCUUUACUCUGAAUUUGAGUUGUAACUAAAAUAAGACUGUUCUCUUUUCAGUUUUUUUUGUUUUUUUUCUCUCUUCUGAGUUGUUAAAGUUUGUUUUGUAGCUUCUUAGUGUGAUCCUCAGAAUGUAUUUUUUUUAAAUAACCUUUGAAAUUUUUUGUUUCGGUUUUCCCUCUUUCUUUUUAGGUUGAAGGGUGGAAAGUUGGAUAAUGCCAUUAA